GUCAAAUCAGUACCACUGGAACGAUGACACCAAAGUGGAAAGUUUCAAUAAUACUUUUGUAUUCUCUUCUAAUCGAAAAUGUUUACACAAAGGCCAGUGUGAAGUUUACAAAUGUUAAAUGUGGAUCUCUUGAACCAAGCUUGACCACCAUCGAUCAGUGCCGCCUUCGUGCGAUUAGCCGCAACAAAACCAUCCUAAACAUUGCGGUUAAUUUUCUGAAGGCAGCCAAACAACUAGAGGUCCAUUGGCAAACGAAAGUAUGGGGAAAUGGCUACAAGCCCUGGUUAGGGGAAUAUGAUAUCGACUUCUGUGGCUACUUACGCAAACCUAAUCAUCCAGUGUUCAAAAUAUUGUAUGACGCCAUCAAGCCCUUCACAAACAUAAACCAUUCGUGUCCCCUUUCGGGCAUGCAAUAUGUUAAGGACAUGUACUGGGACAUUUCGAACUAUAAAUUGCCUAUGCCAUCUGGAGACUAUUUAGUGCUUCUUACUUGGAAACUGAACAAAAUCCCCUGCAUGUACACGAAUAUAUAUUUCAAUUUUAAGCAGGAUAUUAUUUUCGAUUAAUUAUGUUCUUAAAAAAUCAAUUUAAAUUGGAAUAUCAAAUUUAAAUGCAAAAACUCAAAAUAAAAGUUCCAUUGUAAUGAA